AUGUGCCACCCUGCCAUCCUCUGGUACGGGUGCGACCACCUCACCCUCACUCAGCUUAAAUGCCCCCUCGACGUCCUCAACAUGGAGCACAUUUCUGACGAACUCAUCCUUGCUUGCUCAGGCAACGCCUGCUGCCUCUGCGCCCUUCCUAUGAUUCCCAAUAUCCAAGAACUCAAAAGCAACUGGCUCUCUGGCUCAAAGGUUGCCAAGUUUUUCAACGUGGAGACUGAUGAUAGAAACAUAGAGAAAUUCAUUAUUCUAUUUUUCGAGAUGGGACAUCAUGUGCAGUGUGAGGAACAUGCUGCUUUGAGACUCGAUGUUGCUACUACUUCUCGUUCUCCUCCUGCUUCUGAGUCAGGUACUCCUGCUCCAGAGCCUGCUGUUGAGCCUACCCAAGUUCCGUCGCCUCGAUCUCCUGUUGCGAAGCAGAACAAGCGUGGUCAUUCUGCUUCUCAAAACAAACUACCUCAGAACACCCAGAAAAACAAAGCCUCGACCUCAAAGCAGUCUGAGACUACGACCACAUCUCAGACUCAGACUCAGACUCAGGUCGUUCAAAAGCCUCCUCACUCCCAACCUACACCCGCGAUCCAGCCCAAGCCCAUGGCAACAGCGGCUAAGGCCACAGCUCCGGCUCCGGCUCAGACUUACGCUAACACUCAGUUCUCGAUGAAAAAAGCUAACGAUAAGUCCCACGUCCAGUGCCCCCAACCUACACCCACGUUCCAACCCGUUCUCACGCCCCAAAACUUUUCUCAACAACCUUUCCCUACUCCUAUCUCUCCCCCGCUACUCAAAACCAAAGAAGACACCCUCCUAGCCGAGACUUUUCUUCAGUGGAAACAUGAGCUGGAUCUUUCCGGUGGCGACUUUACGGACGUCGAUUUUGAAGAUAUCCAGGCUUACAUCGAGCUGGAGGAAAAGUCUGGUACCAAGCACGAAAACCAGGGGCCGAUUCAAGGCCUGACUGGAGCUGGUGCUGUUUUUGAUGCAGAGUUGCAACAAGUUUCGCAGCCUCCAACUGUCCAUCAUAGUGUCAAGGCUCAGGGUGAUCGCAUUGAAAAUCGUGCUCAUGCUGGUGCUGCUCUUGAUACAACCGUCCAACAACAGCAGUCACGCCCUAUUCAGCGGCAGGCUCAGAACAUUCAGACUUGUUCUGCCGUUGAUGCCACUUUCCAGCAGCAUCGUAUGAGCCCUGUGCAUUAUGACGCUCAUUUGCAGACUCCGAGGCCUGUCAAGCCCAAUUUCCACGCCCAGCAACCACAGCAAAACAGCACUCCCCUCCACCACACUACUCAAGAACUUCCCAAUAUGAACGUCAACGUUCAGCUUCCACUACAGAGAGCUCCAGUUCAGAAUGCUGCCGGUUCCAGUGUUCACACCCAUCCAGUCCAGCAUACCGCUCAGAGACCCGUCAACGUGGACACUCACGUUCAACUUUCACUUCAGGCUGCCCAGAUCCAGCAUCCCAGUAACGAUGCCCACCCACAGCAUCCCAUUCAGAAACCUGCUUGCGUGGAUGGCCAUGCUCAGCGCUCACAGCAGCCGAAUGCUUCAACUCAGCACAGCGUGCAGAGCGUUCCUCAUCAAAGGGCUCCUCCACAACCUGUUCCUCAACAAAACACCGCUCCCCAGCAACUUCACAAUACCACAGCUCACCCCGAACAAGCUACUACUCCCUACGACGGUACAAACUGGGGCGAUAAAGGUGUCUAUCUCCCUGACAAAAACGUCUACUUUGCUGGCGACAAGCCUCAUUCUCCGAAACUCGACGCUCUUCCGCUUCCUGAAUUGGGUACUAUUUUUCCUCGUUCUGAGAGCGACUCCUUGGUUUUGAAGGGGCAUUUUGACGAGCAGGCGUCGUUCUUGGAAUUUACAAACAUCGAUGAGCUCUGCAAUGAGUCUGGUGAUGCCAUGAUGCUGGAUGUUGCAGCGUCUUCAGAGCAUUAUAUUGCAACCGUUCAAGGUAGCCAUGGACAAAACAGGCACCAACCCGCUGAUCCUCUGUUGUUGAACCAAUAUGGUAGCCAGGUGGCCUACGAUCGUGUCCAGACCAGCGACUCGGGGCGAAGCACUCCAUCUCACAUGAAUAUGAACAUGGACACUCAACAACCUGCUGUAGUGCAUCAAUUCGUUCAGCAACCCGCUCAAAUUGUAUUCCACCGAAACGACACCAAUUCCAGGACUCGACUUUCUUCUGAAGAAAUGCACCAAAUUGCCACCGUUCCCAAGCCAAAGCGCAAGGGUCGUGGCAGACCCAGGAAAGCUCAAAUGGCUUCUGUCAAGAUUGUUGACAACGGCAACAGCAACGGCACCACCAGCCCUAGCAACGAGAACGUGAGCACCGCCAGCACUACCAGUGCCACUGAUAUGCCUACUGCUAGUACAUCCACUACAACUAUCGCAAAUGAUCCAACGCGUGGCAUAUCUAAAGCCACUGCCGCUACCUCCCGCAUAACAAAACAGUCCACCACAACCCCUCCCUGCCCAUCCACGACAACGACCAAAGCUCGCUCGCGUUCAAAUAGUAAUACCAGAACCAACACAGCCACCGCCUCCGCCACAAAAAUCAAAGGUCGCGGCCGCAGCACCAAGAAGAAUGAAGACAACGAGCCCAAAGGCACCCUGGUUACCAUCGAGAGACCCCCGGCCGAUAACACGGCUGAUCCGACGGAAGAGUAUAUACAGAGAUAUAGUAACCCGGUGGCGAUGCUGUCUCCUUGUUCAAAUUGA